CAAGACAACAUGGUGUAUAUACGUCCUGCUAGAAUUUUAUGACAACAAUAAAUGCUGCGUUCGAUAAAAUUCUAAAUUAAUUACACUAAAAUAUGUUAUCAUCGUGUUGUUAAUUACCUUGAAAUACACCAUUGUUCUUGUUACGAAUAAAAUGUUGUGUUGGUGUCGGCUAUUUGUUUUGGUUUCGAUUUCUUGUGGGGUUUUCGGUUUUCCUGAUGAUGGCUGGGAAGGAAAUUGGUUUCCUCAUGGACCCAACGAAGAAGACACGAAUCCAAAGGCCCAAUUACCAUCAACCCGCAAUCAUUUAUACGACGCCCACCACGGGGUAGUGAUGGGUGUUGCUGACCCCAGUUGUGACGAUGCAAAGACAAAUUUAACGAUUGACUGGUGGGAUCAACCAGAAAACUACACGUGUGUGGAAGAAAGACACAUUUACCUCCCGAAUUAUAACGUCAGACCUAAAUUGUCAAGUCAACACAUUCCUGCUGAAUAUAGCGCGCCUCACAGAUGUAUGGACGAAGCCAUACCAUACGAUGUCACCAUUCCAACAUUUGGGACACACAGACCUCUAUGGGCAAAAUUUGGCGAGUACAAAUUCGUACCGAGACAAAGGUGGAUACAUAACUUAGAACACGGCUCUGUCGUCAUGUUGUACCAUCCUUGCGCUAACCCUGCUGAAGUUAAACUCCUAAAGUCUUUGGUCAAAUCUUGCCUCUACCGCUAUGUAAUUACACCCUACAACCUGCUCUCAUCAACCAGACCUUUAGCUUUGGUGACGUGGGGCUACCGUUUGGAGAUGUCAAAAGUAGCACCAGAUAUAAUCAUUGAUUUUAUUAAAGAGCAUGCUUUGAAAGGUCCGGAACAGACCUCGAGAGACGGGCAGUACGAUCAUUUUCUUAUAGAACAUGCCGAAGUCGUACCGAAUUCCGAUAUUAACGACGUCAAUCUUUGUCCCUCAAGUGGUUUGCAAAUGUAAUACGCUAUUUCACUGUAUUAUUUUCAUAAUGUGAAAUUAUACAGUGAUUGUAAUUUUCGUAAACCUUGCUGAAUUACUAAAAUUAGUUUUCGGUGAUGUUUUUUUAAUGUGAUUUAAAAUUGGUGUCAAUUGUUCAAUUAUUGUAUUUUAACUGUGAAACAACGAAGCUGUACCUCUGUAUUUAUUAUUGUAUACAAAAUUCAAUCUGUGCUAUAUUAUACACCUAAUACUAAAAAAAUAUACAAUUUA